AUGUCCGCGAUAUCAAACUCCGGCACAUUGACAUUGAGAGAAAAGUAUGGCGAUCGAGUACCGGCCUACAAUAAUCGAGGGCGGAAAUGGCCAGACGCUGUGCUCGAAAAGUGCCCGAUUCUCUUGUCCACAGACCUCCGAGACGGCAAUCAGUCCUUGCGCAUACCUAUGACAUUCGCUCAGAAACUACGAUUCUACCAUCUAAUCGUGUCAAUCGGAUUCAAGGAGAUCGAGAUCGGUCAUCCAUGUGCCAACGACACCGAGUUCGAGUUCAUACGCCAUCUUGUUGACACUCAAAAUCUAAUAGCAGAUGACCUUCUUGUUCGAGUGAUCGCUCCGUGUAGCGAGGAGGCGGUCGAGCGUGCGAUGCAGAGCGUCAAUGGCGCACCAAAGGCCGUCAUUUUCACAUAUCUACCUAGCAGCGACAAUUAUAGGGAGACUGUGCUGGGGAUAUCAGAAAAUGAUUGGGUGGAUCGUGCGGUCAGAGUCACAAGGUACGUACGAUCACUGACGCACAAGAGUCAAUAUCGAAAGCGGACCAAAUGGGCCUUUAACUUUGGGUUUGAGGAUUACGCCAAUGCCCGACUGGAGGCGGUGAUCGGAUGCGCAGAGGCAGUAAAAGCGACCUGGCGCCCAAGCAGGGAAGAACCAAUGAUUUUUUUCCGUCGCUUGCAGCGUGGAAAGCUCGAUGCCGAACAUAUUCGCUGA